UAGACGGCUAACGGUAGGACUCCAACUAGCUAGCCAUGAAAUGACAGUGUAGCCUGUCUUAUUUUAAAAUAUGUGUAACGUUAGCUAACGUAAUUUAGCCAAAUUAUGUCUGGCUAGCUGACGUUGGAUAAUUCAUUAGCCAUGGUUAACACAUUAUGCAUGAUACUUGGCCAGCUAGGUUGGUAUAACCGGCCAAUUUAGAGGCAGGCUAGCUAGCUAGCUAGCUUACUGUUGCAUUCUAAUAUUGUAUGAAAAGACAGAUGUUAUGAUCACCUAGAUGUUAAAUAUAACGGAAUAUUUAACUUAGGUAGCUUAGUAACUUUGGCUAGGCAAAAAUAAUUAGGAUGGCUAACGUUCACUACAUACUUAUCGAAAGUAGUUGCAUAAGAUCAGUCAGUUAGUUUGUAUUGCGCUAGCUAUGAGCUAGUAACACUAGUAGUGGGGUGAUCUUAUUAGUGUUUGUAAACAUAAGAAUAGUUUUACUCUGGGUAACUUGGCUAGCUACUGCAGAGUGAUGUAGCUAGAUUAAGUGUCAUUUGGUUAGUUAAGUUAACGUUAGCUAACAGUGUAAUUGCAAGGCAUAGGGAAGUUUCAAGAGUUGGCGUUACUUAUCUACUGAGCUAACAAAUGGGACUGGAGUGACUCGUUGCCAAUGAGUAACCGACAAUGUCUGUGGUCUGAAAUAGGAAGGGACACCAUUCCUUCAGGAAAAGACCGUCGCCCCAAGGGCAGGAGCGCGUGGUUUAGGCUGAAGCUGUGAGGAGCCGGGCGGAGCUGAAAAUGCCCCCGCGGCCUUCGUCCGGGGAGCUGUGGGGCGUGCACCUGAUGCCCCCGCGCAUCCUGGUGGACUGCCUCCUCCCGAACGGCAUGAUCCUGGCGCUGGAGUGCCUGCGUGAGGCCACGCUGGUCUCCAUCAAACACCUCCUCUUCAAGGAGGCGCGCAAGUGCCCCCUGCACCACCUGCUCCAGGAGGAGAGCUCCUACAUCUUCGUCAGCGUCACCCAGGAGGCCGAGCGCGAGGAGUUCUACGACGAGACCAGGAGGCUCUGCGACCUUCGACUCUUCCAGCCUUUCCUCAAGGUCAUCGAGCCCGUGGGCAACCGGGAGGAGAAGAUCCUCAACCGUGAAAUCGGUUUUGCGAUCGGCAUGCCCGUGUGUGAGUUCGACCUGGUGAAGGACCCCGAGGUGCAGGACUUCAGGAGGAACAUUCUGAACGUGUGCAAGGACUCCCUGGACCUCCGAGACGCCAGCGGCCCGCACAGCCGAGCUUUAUACGUGUACCCCCCCAACAUGGAGUCUGUGCCUGAGCUCCCCAAGCACAUCUACAGCAAGCUCGACAAAGGCCAGAUAAUUGUGGUGAUCUGGGUGAUCGUCUCACCGAACAACGACAAGCAGAAGUACACACUGAAGAUCAACCACGACUGCGUGCCGGAGCAGGUGAUUGCCGAGGCCAUCCGGAAGAAGACCCGCAGCAUGCUGCUGUCGCCCGACCAGCUGAAGAUGUGCGUGCAGGAGUACCAGGGCAAGUACAUCCUCAAGGUGUGCGGCUGCGAUGAGUACCUGCUGGAGAAGUGCCCUCUCAGCCAGUACAAGUAUGUGCGGAGCUGCAUCAUGCUCGGCCGGAUGCCCAGCCUGAUGCUGAUGGCGAAGGAGAGCCUGUACUCCCAGCUGCCCACAGACUCCUUCACCAUGCCCUCCUACGCCCGCCGCAUCUCCACGGCCACGCCCUACAUGAACGGCGACGCCUCCACCAAGUCCCUGUGGGCCAUCAACGGCACCCUGCGCAUCCGCGUGCUGUGUGCCACCUAUGUCAACGUCAACAUUCGCGACAUCGACAAGAUAUACGUCCGGACGGGGAUAUACCACGGCGGGGAGCAGAUGUGUGAUAAUGUGAACACACAGCGUGUGCCCUGCUCAAACCCAAGGUGGAACGAGUGGCUGAACUACGACAUGUACAUUCCUGACAUCCCACGAGCCGCACGUCUCUGCCUGUCCAUCUGCUCUGUGAAGGGGAGGAAGGGGGCCAAAGAGGAGCACUGUCCCUUGGCCUGGGGGAACGUUAACCUGUUUGACUACACGCACACGCUGGUCUCUGGCAAAAUGGCCUUGAACCUGUGGCCUGUGCCCCACGGUCUGGAGGACCUGCUGAACCCCAUCGGAGUCACGGGUUCCAAUCCCAACAAGGAAACUCCGUGUUUGGAGCUGGAGUUUGACUACUUCAGCAGCGCUGUGAAGUUCCCUGACAUGGCCGUCAUCGAGGAGCACGCCAACUGGAGUAUCUCCCGAGAGCUGGGCUUCAACUACUGCCACACCGGCUUGAGCAGCCGCCUGGCGCGAGACCACGCCCUCACAGACAGCGAUAACGAGCAGCUCCGUCUGGUGUGCAACAGAGACCCGCUGUCUGAGAUCACAGAGCAGGAGAAGGACUUCCUGUGGAGGCACAGGCACUACUCUGUGAAUAUCCCAGAGAUUCUGCCCAAGCUCCUGCUGGCAGUGAAGUGGAACUCCAGAGAUGAAGUCGCUCAGAUGUACUGCCUUCUGAAGGACUGGCCGGCGAUCAAGCCUGAACAGGCGAUGGAGCUGCUGGACUGUAAUUACCCCGACCCCAUGAUCCGAGACUUCGCCGUCCGCUGCCUGGAGAAGUAUCUGACCGAUGACAAGCUCUCUCAGUACCUCAUUCAGCUGGUCCAGGUCCUAAAAUAUGAGCAGUACCUGGACAACCCCCUGGUGCGAUUCCUACUGAAAAAGGCACUGACCAACCAGAGGAUAGGACACUUCUUCUUCUGGCACUUGAAGUCGGAGAUGCACAGUAAGACGGUGAGCCAGCGAUUCGGCCUGCUGCUGGAGUCGUACUGCAGGGCCUGCGGAAUGUACCUGAAGCACCUGAGCCGACAGGUGGAGGCCAUGGAGAAGCUCAUCAACCUGACAGACAUCCUCAAACAGGAGAAGAAGGACGAGACGCAGAAGGUGCAGAUGAAGUUCCUGGUGGAGCAGAUGAGGAGGCCAGACUAUAUGGAUGCCCUGCAGAACUUCACCUCUCCCCUCAACCCUGCUCACCAGCUGGGCAACCUACGUCUGGAAGAAUGCCGGAUCAUGUCCUCGGCCAAACGGCCGCUGUGGCUGAACUGGGAGAAUCCCGACAUCAUGUCCGAGAUGCUGUUCCAGAACAACGAGAUCAUCUUCAAGAACGGAGACGACCUGCGGCAGGACAUGCUGACCUUGCAGAUCAUCAGAAUCAUGGAGAACAUCUGGCAGAACCAGGGCCUGGACCUGAGGAUGCUCCCGUACGGGUGCCUGUCCAUCGGGGACUGUGUGGGGCUCAUCGAGGUUGUGCGGAACUCCCACACCAUCAUGCAGAUCCAGUGUAAGGGCGGCCUGAAGGGGGCGCUGCAGUUCAACAGCCACACACUGCACCAGUGGCUCAAAGACAAGAACAAGGGAGAGAUGUAUGACCUGGCGGUGGAUCUGUUCACGCGCUCCUGCGCUGGGUACUGCGUGGCCACCUUCAUCCUGGGGAUCGGAGACCGGCACAACAGCAACAUCAUGGUGAAGGACGAUGGACAGCUCUUCCACAUCGAUUUUGGCCACUUCCUGGAUCACAAGAAGAAGAAGUUUGGCUACAAACGAGAGCGGGUUCCCUUCGUGCUCACGCAGGACUUCUUAAUCGUGAUCAGCAAGGGCACCCAGGAGUGCACCAAGACCCGGGAGUUUGAGAGAUUCCAGGAGAUGUGCUACAAGGCCUACCUGGCCAUCCGGCAGCACGCCAACCUGUUCAUCAACCUGUUCUCCAUGAUGCUGGGCUCGGGCAUGCCGGAGCUGCAGAGCUUCGACGACAUCGCCUACAUCCGCAAGACGCUGGCGCUGGACAAGACGGAGCAGGAGGCGCUGGACUACUUCAUGAAGCAGAUGAACGACGCUCACCAUGGAGGCUGGACCACCAAGAUGGACUGGAUCUUCCACACCAUCCGCCAGCACACACUGAACUGAGCGCGCUCAGACACACCCCUGCCCCGCCCGGGUACACAGUGCCCCUGUGCCACACCCUGGUACCCACAAUCCCCCUGUGCCACACCCUGGUACCCACAACCCCCCUGUGCCACACCCUGGUACCCACAAUCCCCCUGUGCCACACCCUGGUACCCACAAUCCCCCUGUGCACAGACACUGGUACCCACAAUCCCCCUGUGACACACCCUGGUACCCACAAUCCCCCUGUGACACACCCUGGUACCCACAAUCCCCCUGUGCACAGACACUGGUACCCACAAUCCCCCUGUGCACAGACACUGGUACCCACAAUCCCCCUGUGCACAGACCCUGCUACCCACAAUCCCCCUGUGCGCAGACCCUGCUACCCAGAACCCCCCUCUCAGAUGCGCGCGUGCAGAGCUCACACACAGGACCCUGUCCCCCUGGGCAGCUGCUGGUUCUGAGUUAGGGCCUUUUUCUAAAAAAUAUCACUUUUUACCUCUUGUUCAUUUUCAGGAUUUUUGGUGGAGCAAACGUCUUCCUCUAGCUGCUGUCUUCAGCUAUGCAUCCCAAACCGCUCGUCUCGCUUUUCCGCCCGUGUCAUCGAAACGGUGGCGUUAUUCACGCGGUGCUGUCGCUAUGGCGAUGUGGGGCCCUGUCCAGAGCUGGUGCAGCGUUUGGGCGACACCUAGUGUGGGUGGAUGGUACUGCAGCCCCAACGCGUGGGAGUGCAGGGGGGAGAAUUUGCUGCUGGGAGAUUUUCAACACUGACAUCAUCAGGCCUUAACCACGUGUAGUGCAAUGAGGGAGAUCUGUGGAGUGUGUGUGUGUGUGUGUUACUCAGCUAGUGGGACAAUGUGAGUGGGGGAUUAGUCAGAUUCUGCAGCUCAUUGACCAGUCACAAGAACCCACUCUUUAUCUUAACCCAGCAGUCCUCACUCCUGGUCCUGGAGAGCCGCAGGGUGUGCUGGGGUCCUCACUCCUGGUCCUGGAGAGCCGCAGGGUGUGCUGAGGUCCUCACUCCUGGUCCUGGAGAGCCGCAGGGUGUGCUGAGGUCCUCACUCCUGGUCCUGGAGAGCCGCAGGAUGUGCUGGGGUCCUCACUCCUGGUCCUGGAGAGCCACAGGGUGUGCUGGGGUCCUCACUCCUGGUCCUGGAGAGCCACAGGGUGUGCUGGGGUCCUCACUCCUGGUCCUGGAGAGCCGCAGGGUGUGCUGGGGUCCUCACUCCUGGUCCUGGAGAGCUGCAGGGUGUGCUGAGGUCCUCACUCCUGGUCCUGGAGAGCCACAGGGUGUGUUGGGGUCCUCACUCCUGGUCCUGGAGAGCCGCAGGGUGUGCUGAGGUCCUCACUCCUGGUCCUGGAGAGCCGCAGGGUGUGCUAGCAUUUUGUUGUUUCUCAGCACUUAAUUGUAAUCAAUUGCUUUCAUUGAUCAAUUAACUCGGCUGUUGUUUUUUGAGGUGAGAACAAAAAGCAGCCACACCCCCUUCAGACCCGGGUUACCCUAUGCGCAUUACCCAUGAGCCUCAGUGAUAUUCCUGACUGGUGUGUGUGCAUGCCAGCGGGUGUGUUCAUGUGUUCACCUGUAAUUAAACCCCAAAAGCUGCUAAUCCAUCAUCUCUUCAGUUUUUCUGUUUGGAGUAAAAUGGACUUUAUUUAAAUUAAGAUGAACCGAUCGAAUGUUAUCAUGAGCAAAAUGGCAUUUUUACAGUUCUUUGACCCUCUGUCAUAAUCUUGUCCAUUUGACAUUUUUCACACCUGUUGGUGUCCAGAUGGUUUAAAAUGGCAGAAUAAUGAUGCAUUGACUCUGAGCUGUGAGGUCACCACUAUGAGGCUCAGGCUCUUCUGUGAUUGGCUGGAAGAGGUCCAUGGCCAGGCUGGCUCUCUAACCAUACUGUGAUGGUGAUAAAGCACACAGUAGUUAUCGAUAGCAAACCUUUAAUGUGAUCACUACCCUAUGCCCACGUUGUAAUGGGAAACCCGCAUCACACACGCUGCAGGGGUGUUUUCCAGCAACACUAACCUGUAGAUAUUCCUGCCCAAAGAUGACACUAGAGAGAUGCCUCCCGCCCAUCACUGCUCCUCUACUGUGCUUCUUGAACAUAAGAGGAAAGGUUUUAGCUACAGAGCGUUUGAUGGCAUUUAGCUGUUCUGCUGAUGCCACUGUUUGGUGCGGACACUGAGGCUGUAGAGCUGUGGAUGUUACGAGCUCGUCGGUCGUACUAACCACGAGCACGUUCACACGCAGCGGAGCAGGACUUAAGACCCGCUCGCUCUCAUAGAUCUCCUUCUGCUUUGAUCAUCUCAGACCAGCCUCUGAAAAGCUGUCUUAGCCCAAGAAAGUUUCAAGGAAACGUUUAAAUGUAUAUUUCUGAAGCAGAUAUAAGCUAUGUAAAUCUACUGUAUAGCGUCUUGGUGAACAUAUUAUACAUGCAUUUAAUGAGGUGGCCCUUGUUCAGCCAUGUCCAUCUACACCCGGGAACAGCAACUCAUGGGCCUACAGGGCCGAGAUCUGCUGGUUUACACCCUCCUUCACCUGGGAGUCAGGUGUGUUCACCCUCCCUUUACCUGGGAGUCAGGUGUGUCCAUCCUCCCUUUACCUGGGAGUCAGGUGUGUCCACCCUCCCUUUACCUGGGAGUCAGGUGUGUUCCCCCUCCCUUUACCUGGGAGUCAGGUGUGUUCACCCUCCCUUUACCUGGGAGUCAGGUGUGCAGACAGCCUGGCCAAUCAGCAACACUAAUUACCUUGGAGAAAAGAAAAAUAGGGCUGGAUUAGGAUUGGAGGACCCUAAUCUACACUGUGUCAAGCACGGGAGACUCGUAUUCCCCUGCGGUCAUGCCAGACACUCAAGUUUUUUACAUUUUUAAUACAGACGUGGUUCUCAUAUGCAGUGAAGUACGGAGCUGGUUUUGCACGUGCCUGAGAUGGCAGUGUCGUUAGUUCUCUGCAUGCAGGUUUGACAGUAGAACCCGUUCUCUCCUGGCAGGUGUCUGGCGUGUGUGGUGGUCCUUCGCCUGAUGCUAGCUCGUUAGCCCCGUGGAUGUGUUCAGUGUUCCUGUGUGUGUUCAUCGGGCUGGUCCCAAGAAAGGCCCAUUCAGAACGCCUGUGUAUAAUAACCGUGUAUGUCUAUUUAAAAUGCUUUUUCACUGUGUAUAAUAGCCGUGUGUACAUCUAUUUAAAAUGCUUUUUCACUUGCCAAGCGCAAAUAUGAAGAUCUGGUGAUACCGUGUGUAGGGGCAUCCCUAUAAUGAUAAAAAAUGUAAAAAUGUAUAAACUUUCAUAUUUCAGUUGAAAAGGUUUUACUUGAAGUUCUCUGUUGUGCAGCAACUUUUUCUACGUCGUGGGCAGAGAUGGUGCAGUACGGCGUGUCGUGGGCAGAGAUGGUGCAGUACGGCGUGUCGUGGGCAGAGAUGGUGCAGUACGGCGUGUCGUGGGCAGAGAUGGUGCAGUACGGCGUGUCGUGGGCAG